AGCCGUCAGUCGUUAGUCUGUCGUCAGUCUGUCUAGAUCGAAACACGGGAGCGAAAUUGCAGGCACUUCUACUUGACAGAUAAGAUGCGACCAAAGCUGCAUGUCAGAGUUGUAACAGAGCAGACGAAAUAUUUGCUGGAACAGGUCAACAUUGUAGAGCCUGUAAUGGAUCUUAUAAAAGAUGCAAUAGAGAAAAGCAAGGCGUGGCUGGAAGAUAAAGAAGGAAAUCUCUCCACAAGCUACAGUGAGAUAUCUCAGCAACUAGACCAGGCGAAUGUAGCACUCUUAAAAGCUGCCUCAGAGAUAAUAGAUCAGAGCAGUGACAAAGAAUAUGCUGGAAAUUCAAAAACCUUGCCACAACGUGAAAAUGAAAUUAAACAAGUAUUCGACCCAACACAACCAUUCUACGAGCAAAUUGACAAUUUAACAAGCCAGUAUAGUCAGCUGAUAAACAGAUUUGAUAAAACUGAAGAAGAGUUGUCAUCGUUAAAAGAGCUGACUAGAAAACUAGAGGAAAAACAAAACAAAAUGGAAAAGGAAAUGUCGGAUAACGAAAAGAAUCAGGAAGAAAAUUACAGACUUUUGAAAAACAAACAAGUAAAACUAUCCAAGAAUAGCAAAAAUGUGGAGGUUCGAAUAAACACACAAGAGAAACGACAAGAAGAGAUUAAUAAAAUUAUUGAAGAAAUUCAUUCUUCCUAUUUAGAGGAAGUAAAGAAAGAAAUAUCUGAGGCAAGAAAUUGUGUUUCUAAUAUGGAGAAACAUAUAGAUUUACUCACAAGAAAUGUAUACGGGAAAGAUUUAUCCAUUCAAGAUUUAUCAGCACAAGACAAGGACAGCGUCAUGGAGCUAUUCGAGAAAACAAGAGAAGCUUUUAGGAAGAUGGACGAACAAAACACUAAAUCUGCUGAUAACUUUAAGACCCGGUGUGAAGAUUUGGACAAGAAAAUAUCAAGUCAAUCUAAAUCAUUGAAUACAAAGUUGGGGGCCGUCUGUCAAAUACUGUCUACACGCAUCCAACCAAUGGAGUCACUGGCUGAUAUCUUGAAGAACAGAUUGACCACAAGAGUUGCCGAUCUUAAGAAGAUGGAUGAGCUGUCGGAAAAAUUGCAAGUAAUUGCUAGUGAACAAAUGAACCAUCCUACAGUAAGUUUUAUUGCUUCAGAUGGACACAUCAUUGGUUCUCAUGCAGUAUAUAAAAGUAUCAAACGUAACAUAGGAAACCAUUUUAAUCUAGAUACUGGAGUAUUUACCGUCCCUGUUGACGGUCUGUAUGCUGUAGGUCUUAAAAUAAAAAUGAAAGGAGUUAUAGUAGCAGCUGCUGUCUGUAUCAAAACUGGUAAUGAGUGUUUAUGGACUUGUUUUCUUAAUACAGAAAAAUAUAUCAGCGUAGAAACAACAACUGUUCAGAGGUUGAAAUCUGGAGCUAUAUUAUAUUCUCAUUCUGGCAAUGAAGAUUGUAUCUUUACAGAGUUUUCUUGCUUACUUCUUGGCGUCUAG